GCUUCUGUCCUUGAUCUUUGGUGUCGUUUAUUGGCUCCAGGGCCGCAGGAAUCCCUCAACCUCUCCCAAUAAAGAAAGAAAAAGAUACAUGACUAUUUAAAUCCACAAGCAGUCAUGGUGAACUUACUUCAGAUUGUGCGGGACCACUGGGUUCAUGUACUCGUCCCUAUGGGAUUUGUUGUUGGAUGUUAUCUAGACAGAAAGAAUGAUGAAAAACUGUCUACUUUCCGCAACAAGAGUAUGUUGUAUAGAAGGGAAUUGAGGCCCAAUGAAGAAGUUACCUGGAAGUAAAGACUGUGGCUGAAUCACAGAAUAUUCACAUUUUAAAAGUUAUUGUACAAAUAAAAUCAUGUUUAUUAUUUAA